CCCACCACGUAUCCUCUUCCACCUCUUUAUCAUGCCCAUUCCAUCUCUUCUCACCCAUUCUCCCACUGUCGACACACAGCAAUGGCGAGCCUCUUCCACCUCUUCUUCCUCCUCUCCCUCUCCCUCUCCCUCUCCCUCUCCCUCUCCUUGGCUCUCUGCCGGGUUAAAGAUCCAUCGGAGAGCCCUGGAACCACAACCACUCUCGACGUCACCGCCGCUCUCAGGAAAACCACCCAAGCCCUCGCCUUCGAUCCACCCAGAGCCCAUCGACAGCUCCUCCACAAAGCGAUCAAAACCACCACCCUCCGCUCCUCCGCCUCCACCGCCACCCUCUCCCUCCACAUCUACUCCCGCGACUUCCUCCCCCUCCCCGACUUCACCACCACGCACAAGGACUACGAAUCCCUGACCCUCGCCCGCCUCCGCCGCGACUUCGACCGGGUCCGGUCCAUCUUCGCCCGGGCUGCCAUCGCCAUCAACGGAUCCGAUUCCAAGGCCGCGAAGGCAGCGGCGAUGCCGGACAGCAUCCGGGGCACGAUCGUGUCCGGGAGCAGCCAGGGGAUCGGCGAGUACUUCUCCCGGGUCGGCAUCGGCCGACCAGCGAAGCCCCAGUUCAUGGUGCUCGACACCGGUAGCGACGUCAGCUGGGUGCAAUGCCUGCCCUGCACCGACUGCUACAAGCAGGCCGACCCCAUCUACGACCCCACCGGCUCCGAUACCUACACACCUCUCCGCUGCUUCUCCGAGCUGUGCCUCUCCGCCACCAACUCCGCCUGCCGGAACGCGACCUGCCACUACCAGGUCGUCUACGGCGACGGCUCCUUCUCCAUCGGGGAGCUCGCCGCCGAGACGCUGACCAUCGGCGAUGCCGCACCCGUCGAGAACGUCGCCAUGGGAUGCGGCUUCGACAAUGAGGGCACCUUCGUCGCCGCCGGCGGCCUCCUGGCCCUCGGAGCGGGGACGCUGUCCUUCCCCUCCCACCUGCCCUCCCACUCCUUCACCUACUGCCUCGUCGACCGCGACAC